AUGGGUGGUACGACUUGUGCAACAAUCCUCACCCGUGCUAUAUGUUCUGAAGGGUGCAAGUCAGUGGCAGCUGGAAUGAAUGCCAUGGACUUGAGACGCGGCAUCUCAAUGGCAGUUGAUGCUGUGGUGACAAACUUGAAAAGCAGGACACGGAUGAUCAGCACAUCUGAAGAAAUAGCACAGGUUGGCACAAUAUCAGCAAAUGGGGAAAGAGAGAUUGGUGAGCUUAUAGCAAAGGCUAUGGAGAAAGUUGGCAAAGAGGGUGUUAUUACCAUUGCUGAUGGGAAAACCCUAUACAAUGAAUUGGAGGUGGUUGAGGGAAUGAAGCUGGACAGAGGCUAUAUAUCCCCUUACUUCAUCACCAAUCCAAAGAACCAAAAAUGUGAAUUAGAAGAUCCGCUUAUUUUAAUUCAUGAGAAAAAAAUCUCAAGCUUAAAUGCUGUGGUGAAAGUGCUAGAGUUGGCACUGAAGAAGCAAAGACCUUUGCUGAUUGUUUCUGAAGAUGUGGAAAGUGAAGCCUUAGCCACUCUCAUUCUCAACAAGCUUCGUGCUGGAAUCAAGGUUUGUGCCAUCAAAGCUCCUGGGUUUGGAGAAAACAGGAAGGCAAAUUUGCAGGACCUUGCUAUCCUCACAGGAGGCGAGGUUAUAACUGACGAGCUUGGUUUGAACCUGGAAAAAGUAGGACUGGAAAUGCUUGGCACAUGCAAAAAGGUUACAGUAUCAAAGGAUGAUACCGUUGUCCUUGAUGGUGCUGGUGAUAAGAAAGCAAUCGAAGAAAGAUGUGAGCAACUAAGGUCGUCGAUCGAAUUGAGCACUUCUGAUUAUGAUAAGGAUAAGCUUCAAGAGAGACUAGCAAAGCUUUCUGGUGGUGUUGCUGUCUUGAAGGUCAGCAUUCCUUUUGAAGACGACACUAUCGUUGUUCCUGCUAACAUGACAAUGCCAACAACUUGA